UGGCGCUGGUAGUCAACGGUAUAAGCGAGAAACGGGAGUCGCACGAAACUCGGACGGAAUAAAAAGGCAUCGUCGAUUCGUACUGAUUCGUACCUUAAUAGCGAGAUGUGUCGGAGUAUGAAUUACUACAAUUUGCUUAAUAGCUAAUAGACUCAAAAUUACUGGUAUGCUGCUGUGAUCCAUUCAUGAUGCCUGCGUAUGUGACAAUAUUGCCAUGUCUCAUCCUGGGACUGUUAGGCACAACCUAUAGCCACGAUGUUAAGGGAUCAACAUAUUGUGAAUUUUAUAAUGAGACAAUGUGCACAGAAUCACAACAAGGUUGUUCAGGUAGGGAAGAAUGUGGGCCACACGAUCCAGAUAAACGUAACCACUGCUAUGUACUUUGGCAGCGGGACAAUGCAACGAAAAAGUCAACAAUUAAAUUAAAAGGUUGCUUCCUAGAUAGUAAGGAAUGCUAUGAUAAGACACAGUGUGUUGAAAAAAAUGCAGACAGAAAAAAACAACUGUUUUUUUGUUGCUGCGAUGGAAACAUGUGUAAUGAAAAUUUCACAUGGGAUCCUCAACCAACUCAAGCCCCACCAGAGAUUCAUGAAUCUGAGCCAGUCCCUAAUACAGAACAGCAAAUGAUAACACUUGUGCUAUCCAUAUCAAUACCGAUGCUGCUACUCGCUUUUGUUUUACCGUUUUUAUAUUGGUGCUACAAGCGUCGUAAGCUUGGUUACUUCAACGAGCAGGUACCAACAUUGGAGCCCUUACCGCUACCUCAACCCUCACCAAAUUUGGGUCUACGCCCAAUUCAAUUAGUCGAAAUCAAAGCUCGAGGCCGUUUUGGCGCCGUUUGGAAAGCACAACUCAAGAACGAUAUUAUAGCUGUAAAAGUGUUUCCGAUACAAGAUAAACAGUCCUGGCAAACAGAACAAGAAAUCUUCAAGUUGGCCCACAUGGAUCAUGAGGACAUAUUACGUUUUAUUGGCGUAGAGAAGAGAGGCGACAAUUUACAAGCAGAAUUUUGGCUAAUUACUGCGUACCACGAAAAGGGUUCGCUGUGUGAUUACCUUAAGGCCAACGUGGUCACGUGGCCUGAAAUGUGCCGAAUAGCAGAAUCUAUGGCGAGAGGUCUUAUGCAUCUGCAUGAAGAAAUUCCAGCGAACAAAGCAGACGGAUACAAGCCAGCCGUUGCCCAUCGAGACUUCAAAUCCAAAAAUGUUUUAUUAAAAGCUGACAUGAGUGCUUGCAUAGCGGAUUUCGGCCUCGCACUGAUUUUUCAUCCUGGAAAACCAUGUGGGGACACGCAUGGCCAGGUUGGGACUCGAAGAUAUAUGGCGCCUGAAGUUUUAGAGGGCGCGAUAAACUUUACGCGGGAUUCUUUUCUGCGCAUUGAUAUGUACGCAUGCGGACUAGUGCUCUGGGAACUUGCUUCACGGUGUACCGUGCAGGACGGACCUAUCGGCGAGUACAGGUUACCUUUUGAAGAAGAAGUCGGCCUACAUCCAACAUUGGAGGACAUGCAAGAGAGCGUCGUGCAUAAAAAGGAACGGCCGCUGAUCUUGGAAACUUGGCGAAAGCACGUCGGUCUUCUGUCGAUUUGCGACACGAUGGAAGAGUGCUGGGAUCAUGACGCUGAGGCGCGUCUGUCGGCGUCCUGCGUCAUGGAACGUGUAGCCACCCUCAGCAGGAGCCUCGUGAUGAAUUCGUCAACGUUGAUCCGAGUCGAUAUCACGAACGAGUCUCUCACCACCAAGGAGUCUAUCAUGUAGUUAGCCCGUAUGUAUUAUAGCUUUAGUUGAAUUGCACAACCAACCAUUUCCUGUACCAUAAAACUAUUUGCGUUCAUCAAUGGGGAACAUCGACGUUGUAGAUAUGCAUGUGUCUGUCUGUGACGUGUUUCGUAGUUUCGUCAUAUAGUUCAUCAUAACAUCAUAGUUCUCGUGUAUCUCUGCGCGAGAAAUUUACGAAUUUUUUACCGUUCAUUAUUGAAUAGAAAGAUAUCACAAACGGCUGCGACACGCACGAUUUAUCAGAGACCAGACGCACGACUGAUUUUAUGUACGGCCUAUAACAAAUAUUCAGAUACUAGUAUUUUUAAUUGAUUGCUUUGUAUCUUCAGUAAUAAUGUCCGAAACGAGUGGCAAAAAUAUUUUGAUACAUGGCAUAACUGAACAAUUAGUAUGUAUUUUAUACUCAUAAAUAUCAAAUCAAUAUGAGUUAAAGAUGGUCAUUGUAUUUAUAGACAAUCGUUAGUCAGUAAUUAGUAACUGUUGGCUUUGUAUUUAAAUGGAUUAAAGAUGGUGCAGAUAACAUCUUUAACUCAUAUAAAUACAAGGCCAACAAUCAUUAAUUAUCAAUUAAAUCAAUACUUUGUUGAAUAACCCAACAAUAAUAAUGUAAUAUGACAUAAAAUAUUUUACUCGCUCUCGUCAUGGUUACUUAAGAUAUAGAAUAAUUAAAACAGGAAAUACCAUUGUGUCCAAAUAUUUAUGUAAUAGACGGUAUGGUUAUGUGGUUUUUCUCUUUUGAAAACGAUUUUUCAAAAUUAUAUUAAAGUGUUAUUUCUUUUGGUACUUUUUCAUAGAUAUUUACGAACUGAUCGUAAUAACAGUUUUGUUGUUAUCGAAAAUAGUAAUGUGAAAGUUUGGAACGAUUAUCAAUUUGCUAAAUACUCAAAGAGCCCUUAACUGUUGUUAUAAUUACUGUCACUCUUAUCAUUCCUGUUGGUAGAAGUCAUACUCUUUCUUAAUUCCCUUGUUAUUCACAACUUUGUUAUACAAUUUAAUGAACGAGUUAGUUAACCGUUGUGCAACUUUGCGUGAUGCCAUUUUAUCAUCGUGAUAACUUUCCACUUUUAUAUUGCUAGUUUUAUAGCCAGGAAUAAACUGCUCAUUAAUCACGUGACUAAUCGGUCGAUUAUCAAGAUCCAUUCAAGAAUCUUGUUUCGCCUCGCGCGUUAUACAUAUAAUUAUUGACAAUUUGUAACUGUCGUAUGUAUUUCAAGAUUAUUCUCGACAAACUUGUACAGUUCACAAAGCAAUUCGCAGUUUAACACGUGAAAAAUGAUGAAUAGUCUUUAUAUAACCUUUAUUAAAAUUCGUAACAUAUCGUUCGCUUAAAUAAUCCGUUUCUCAUUGAAAUAUUCGACUGAUAAAAACACACGUACCACCACAAGUAACGCACUACAGACAUCGUGACGAUAAUAGAAGGAAACUUUACCGCAUAUCCUGUAAAGAAAUUCUUUGUAAAUAUAAAAAGAGAAAAGAAAAGAAAAAAAGGACAAAAAAGGGAGAACCCUCAAAAAUCCCCACAGCCUGCAAAGUUCAAAGAAUAAAAAGAUUAACGUAAAACGAUGAACGUGCUUUGUAUGCGUGUAUAAGGGUGGGAGGGUGAGGAAGGAAGUGCUACGUCUGCGAAUCAUCGAAUCUCCAAAAUGGUCGCCGUGCGGACCAGUGCGGACAAUCAAAACGGCGUUUCUCUCAUUAUGUGAAAACUUUGUUCGAACAAAGUAAAACUACUACUACAGGUGUAAAAUGAAAAAGACGCUGUUCCUCAUUGGUGGCGGUGCGAUCGUCUUCUGACUAACAAAAAAAAAUAUCGUUAAGACGAUCGUCAUAGUAACGUAAACGAUUGAGCCGAACGAAAACCCAAUAUUAAUGGCGGUGUAUAUCUCUAAUGACGAAGCGAACGACGCAUUGCUACGAUUAUUGCUGUACCGCGUCACAAUGUAACGUUCGUUUAUUACGAUGUACCUGCUGCUGUAGACGCAAUCGUUUUUGAAGAACAAACUAGUGCCACGAGGCUUUUUUUUCUUUGUUUAAUCUCUGCGGUUCACUUUUUUUUUAUUGGUCAGACUAGUUCACGAUAUCAUUCCAAAAUUGUUGAUUACAUUGGUUGUACGUACAUACAGGGAUCUUGCUACUAGUGCUCCUAAAACCACUAAAGUGAAAGAACGAGGAAAAGAAUUUAUUGUAUCGUGAAUGCGAUGUAUGAGCAAUAUCGUUAUUGUUAUCAUUGGAACAAUAACGGCUAUUGUUGUUGCGUUGCUAGGCUACGAAAAAUAUACGUAAUUAAUUGUACGUUCGAUACUUGCCAGUGAGAGGGUCUAAUAAUCUUUCUCGAAAAUUGUAAUGGGAGACGACUAAUAGUAGGUAGCGAGACGUAAAGAUUUCAUGACAGGUUACUUCUCUCUUUAUCGUUCGCUCAGAUCACUUGUAACGUUUGUCGUCUCUCAUGCGUUUACUUGAAUUGAAUUUUUGUAGUCGGCGGAAUUAUACGAUACAACGUUCGUACGUGUCGUCUCGAUAAAGUGGGUGUUGUACCGUUAACCACCCAGUAUCGUUUUACCAUUUAUCAUAUCAUCCUUGUUAACCGUUUAUUCAAUUGUCAGGCCAACGAUGACAGCUCAUUCUUACUAUUGAUUCGAUUUGAAAUAUUCGAAUAAUGCACGAAAAGUCGCAUGAAAACGCACGUGCUGUUACGUUUAAAAAAAAAUCAUCCAAGAUAAUGUUACACGUUAUAAUUUAUACUUUAAGAAUUACUCUAAGCUAAAGUAUGUAAUUACUGUAGACGUGAACGAUUAUAAUUAUUUAUGGUACAACGCAUUUAGCCCGUGUAUUACUAUGAAUUGAUUGAUUGAGAUCCCAUCAGGUCUCAUCCGUUAUAGAUUUUUCUUCUCUUUAUAUUUUUAUUAUUCAUUUUCUUCCGCUAUUUGCAUUUUAUGUUUCUUCUUGCGGAAUUCUCGCUCGCCUUGCGUUACUGGGUUUUUUAACAGUGCCAAAACCAAUGAAAGGAAGAAGAUAGUGAACAAUAUAUAUACGCAUACGACACGCGCUUAUCAUUUCAUCUUUGUACAUUCAUUAUUACACCUUAUUGUAUCGAUAGGACCAUCCAACAAAAAAUUAAUCGGGUGUACCUAAGAAUAAUAAUAAUCUGCGACGUUAACAGGUCACGCGCGAAUAUGAUUAUACACACAUCAGGAAUAAUAUCUAAAUAUACACAAUUUUAAUACCCUAACUGUUACUGGACAGCGGACUUGAUAUUUAUGUAAAAUAACCAAUUUCUCAAAAGCGGCUACAUCCUUUGAAAGAGAUUCAUUGUACCUUGAAUUGCUGGCAAUAACAUUAAUUUAUGAUACACACUCGCAUACACACACCACGUAUACUCUACUUGUAUCUUUUUUUUAUGUCUUUCAUUGAUCUUUUUUUUAGUACGCAAACCUAAAAAGAACAAUACACUUACAUAAGCCUAUAUAUACGAGUCCAUUAUCCAGUAUGACUGUUGUUAUUAUAAUAAAUAGUAACGUAAGUAAUACGUAAGUCAUCUGUUAAGCGAUUCGUUUAAUAGUUAUUUUUAUCAAAGAUCCCAGCUAUACAUAUAUUGUAUGUAUUACGUUUAGAUAUUUGUAUAAUAAUUAAUUGGAUACUUCGAACGGGCGUUCACAUGGCGCACCUAGUCGAACGUAGGAUCAUUGUAAAUAAGAAAGAUAAUAUUAAGUAAUAUUAAUAAUUAAUAAUAGUAUAGUAGUCCUUAUGCGAUAUAAGACACUACAAAAAAUGUAUACAUACCUUUUUAUUUAUCUCCAACGAUACGUACGAGUUGCAGCUAUGUAGAAUGUUCCUGCGCGCGCACCUAAAUAUCGUUAAAUAAUAUGAAUUCAGGGUGAUAGUGUCCACUACAAGCGAUAAUUUCAUUCAUUCGCUGCUCUUUGAUUUUUAAUGCGUUUCGUUAGGUUAUAACAUUCAUGCUUGAGCACUCGAAAUCAGUUGCUUAGGUGAUUUGUGUAAUUUUCUCUGAUAAACCUGGGCGUUGUAUUUGUGAAUGUGUGAAACGAUUAUUUAAAUACGUUCCGUUGCAAAUCAAAACUGAUAUGUUGCUCUAGUUAAAUGUUACUUAAGUGAAACGUUAAGUUGACCCAGACGUUAAAUAUUUGUCAAUGUAAUGACUGCUAUUUUGUUACCCCAAUAAUUUUUUCAUUCAAGUAAUUAGGUGAUUAGCUUUGUUCUGCUAUCAUGAUAGGUUUUUGUUCAUGCAUGACGUGUUUGAAAUUUCUCAUGUUUUAUAGGGUCCGGGUUUCUGUUGUCGCAAGAUUCGAUCGGUAUAGUCUAGUGAGCUGUUGUUCUGUGGGAACAUUUUAAUUGGUGGAAAGAACGUUACAAAUGUCAACGUUUUAUGUAUGUAAACAUCUACAUACUUACGUAUCUCGCUAUUUACGAAUUGAAUUAAUAAAAGCGAUAAGAUGAUGAAUUUGUAAUAA